CCAUACGGAAAUGGUCGAAAUGGGAGAUUCCCUUGGUCAUAGUUUAUUAUGACCGAAGUUUAUGACAAUGAUCUUUAUCAAAGCAGGUGACGCUUGUACCAAUUUCCAUUAUUUGAACAAUGCGUCCCACGGCCAAGCGAAGCAACAGAACGAAAUCCUCCAUUCGCCUUUGUGAGGAAAAAUUAAGCUGUGUUGUUGUAAACGCUGAGGCAGUGUUUACAUGUUCAGAGUGCAAAACUGCACAGUGCGAUAAGUGUGAAAAGAGCGUACAUUCGGGAAUAAAGUUCGAAUUUCACAACAGGCGACGUCUUGAACGCCCUUCUCAGGAUCAGCUCUGUCAGGGUACAGCUUCAGGGACGGCAUGUGUCAACAGGAACUACGCUGACGUCUGGUGCGAAGACUGUAAACACAGGCUUUGUCUCGAUUGUUUUGACAAAUCGCAUGCCCAAGGCAGAAGAAAGACCCAUAAGAAGAUAUCAGUGAAUGAGUAUCAACGUAGACAGCUACGUGCGUUACAAGACACAGUGAAACCACUGUCACCUGUGUCAGAUAAUGACGAUUCUUUGACAUAUGUUUCAUGUCCUCAAGAAAUUAGCUUGGAAGAAAAUAUGUCCUUCGCUAGUUUUCAUUCUGAUCACAGCCACCCAAGUUCAGGUGGAAGUAUUCCCGAUAUCUGCCAAGACACAAAUGAAGUGAACCUAAUGGCAAGGGAAAUGGAUGCUUUUCUUCUGGAUGAUGGGAGAUACACGGAGUGUCAAAGUUUUGAAUUAGCAAAUGACCAGGAAGAACUACAGGUGACAUCUGAAGAAGAUUUUAUAGAGAAGCUUGGCUGCAAGAAAGAUGCAAUGGUGAAGAUUAUUUCCAUCUUUGGUAACACAGGAGAUGGGAAAUCCUAUACUCUCAACCACACCUUUUUUGGUGGUAAGGAGGUGUUUCAGACUUCACCGGAACAAGAGUCAUGUAGUGGGGUGUGGGCAGCUAACGACCCUGUCAACAACACGCUUGUGAUUGACACCGAGGGCUUGCUGGGGGUGACCAGCAACCAGAACCAGAGGACCAGACUGCUCUUGAAGAUUCUUGCGAUCUCGGACAUUGUGAUAUAUCGCACUCGGGCAGAGAGGCUUCAUGUGGAUAUGUUGAACUUCCUUAGUGAUGCAUCCAAGGCUUAUUUGAAGCAUUUUUCAGCAGAACUGCGGGCAGCAACACAACGUUACAACCUCUCUGUCUCCAACAUUGGACCAGCUGUGAUAAUAUUCCACGAGACCUUACACACUGAUGUGCUGCAGCUGAGGGGAGGGAAGGAAGGUAUUACGCCAGAAGACUUGAUACGCGGAAAGUUCAAGAAGUCCGAGUGCACCAUAGAUGCUUUUAGCAGCCUGCACUAUGUGGGCACAAGGACUAUGAAUCCCCCAACAGACUUCAAACCUUUACAGAAAUCAGUGAAGGACCUGCUGGCCAACAAUACAGUGAGGACAGCUAGGAGGCCUGCUGUGGUCUUCCAAAGUCUUAAGUGUCUUAAUGAGAAAUUCAGUGGCGACAUCGAUAAGCCAGUGCCCAAUACAUUCCCCGACCAGUAUUUUACCUGCACUGCAAAGUGCAAGGCCUGUGGGUAAGUAGUACACUGUAUCAGGAGCAUGAACCAUGAUUUCCAGCAUCAGACGGAGGAGAACAAACACUGUCAGUAUCAGCAUCAGUAUGGCAACAAGAUCUACCUGUGUAAGAAAUGUAUGCAUGCUAAAGGACAGAGGAAGGUGGUUGUACCCAAAACUUCAUCUUCAGGAGACAACACCUGGGUUGGUUUGGGAAAAUACAUAUGGUCAGGUUAUGUAUUGGAGUGCCCUAACUGUGGAAUUAUUUACCGGAGUCGGCAAUACUGGUACGGGAACCAGGACGUGGAGGCUAUUGUCCUAGCUGAGGUGGCACACAUAUGGCCAGAGAGCAACCUUGGACUGGACGGUACCCACAAUGCAGCAAGGAAAGUACUGGACAGUCUCAACUAUGUGGCGGACACUAUCGGUAGUGUGAGUGCCAAACCCACGAAGUACCUGGCUGAGUGGACCGCUGACCAGAUAGCCCCUGCAUACUGGGUCCCCAACUCCAAGAUCCUGGCUUGUGCCAAGUGUGGGGAAGAGUUCACCCACAAUGACCAGAAGCAUCACUGUCGAGGAUGUGGCAAGGGAUUCUGUGACACAUGCUCCAGCUACAAGCGGCCAGUGCCAGAGCGAGGCUGGGGCCUGGAACCAGUCCGUGUCUGUAAAGACUGUCUCCAAGGGGAAACCAAAGAAGGGGAGGCGCCUGUGACUGCUCGCAAGGUUGGGGAAGUUGUGACGUCUACCCUAGGCGCUGUAGCCUCUGCCAUUGACUACCCGAUAGGCAUGUUGAAGGACUCCGCUCGACCUGCAUACUGGAUCCCGGAUGAAGAUAUCACACAGUGCUAUGUGUGUUCCACUGAGUUCAACUACAAGGUGGCCAAACACCACUGUCGGGCGUGUGGACAGGGGGUGUGCGGGAACUGUUCCCCAACCAAGCUCCCUGUUCCCUCACGGGGCUGGGACUACCCAGUCCGAGUCUGUCUCAAGUGCGAGAAGAAGAAAGACAAGCUGUGAAGGUGUCGGCGACCAUUUUAUUUCAAUUGUGACAGCAUGGUGCUACAUCCAUGAGCUGAAAGCUUAUAUUUCAUAGUUUUAAAGUUGUAAUGCAGGAAUUAUUUAGGAGGGACCUCAAUAAUGAUCCCAGAUCAUUUUUCAUAAUAGUAACGAUAACAAGAAAAUUAAUUGUAAUUGCACUUAAUUGCUUUUAAAAUUAGUUAAAUUGUUGAACAGGUUACAUUGUAUCGUAUUUAGUAAGGUAAAUUCAUAUAGGGCAUAACUUAUUCUGUGCAGAUGAAGAGAGAGUUACCUGGCCUAAUUGUAUAAUUGUGUUUAUAGACUUUAAUGAAAUGAUGAUGGAGUAACUUGAGAAGAAGUUUGGAGUUUUUCAUCAUCUGUACAGUAUAAUCAUUCUUACAAAUUUUACAAUGUCAUCACCAUAAUGUGAUAUUAUUAAGGCGAGAUUGUAUAAGUAAAUUGUUUACUUGGUAAUGGGCCCCUGACAUGAAUAAAUACAAUGACAAUAACCUUUGUGAAUUAUUGCCAUGGGUUUCAGAAGUGUUCAUGAAUCACUGUAUGACACUUGGAUGUAGGCCAUAUUGUCGGACACCUGGUGUGUAUUGGUUUACUGGUAGGUGUACUGGUAGUUGUAUAGGGAACAUUCAUGUACCAGCCAGAUAUUGCUAAGUUCCACAGAGGGAACAAGUGGUUCAAUAUUCUGGAGUGUUGUUUUGCGGAGUUGCCUCCCUUAGGUUGCCACUCUCAGCUGAUCGUGUUUUAGAUCACAUAUUGUGACUGAUUUGAUCAGAACUUUAUCAUUGGAUGUCAGAAAAGUGGUUUCUAUCCACAGCCUGUACAACUUUGGCCUUGCCCCACACAUUAAAGUGACGCACAGUUGCAUUAGAAUUAUAUCUUUUCCUCUGCCAUGAUAUCUCUCUGCAUGGACCGAAGGAGAUAUGUGUCAGGUGAAUCUGUCAGUAACCAUCAAGAUUUUUCAUAUUCUCUGUAUUUAUGAGGCAUUCAGGAACCAUUUAUGAUUUCUUUAUAUCAAAAACAAAUAAAAUCGAACAAGUCCAAUUGUUUCGCAGUGCCUGUACAUUGAUGU